AUGAGUAAUCAGUCAGCUGCCGCCAAUCAGAAGAGGCGGAAGUAUCGAAGCGGCGAUUGGGUCGAUAUUGUGGGAAUGGCCGAUAACACGCGGAAUCUCGUACUCGGUUUCUUCCGUGGUUCGUGGGAUGAAACCCAACCGGAGUCUCCCCCUACACAAGCCAAAGCCACUGUCUCAAAACGCUCCAGGCCGACCUUUUUUACCGAGGGUGAAGUUGGCCUUGCGGGUGAUGAACAACAGCAGCAGCAACAGGAGAAA